GCGCUUACUUUCUUUCACUCUUUAAUCAUUACAUUAUCGUAUAUUUUUUUUUAACUAUCAUUUUUCAGUUCUCCGAUCGACCGCCUUCUUCUCCGUCGAAAUCCACCGCCGCUCGCCGUGUUUUUUGCCCUAAAAUCUCAACCGCUACAAUCGGUCCCAAUAUACGGGUCGGAGGCUUUGCUGUCUGACCGUAUCUCUCUCUUUCUGUACUCAGUAAGUACUUUCUCACACUAAAAAGAUGCACCGCACUCUUCUCCCUGAUUUUCUCGAGAUCUGCAGCGACCUUGUCAAUCGGUAAACAUUUUUGACCAGCUCAGACGUACACCGAACUUGAAUCUCGCAUUGAAUCAUGAUUGGUAUGUUGCAAUUUGGAUGGAGAGAUUGAGAACUUCUUCGGCUUAGUUAUUAGUAUUUCCUUCUGAGAUUUCGACAAAUUUUGCAUUUCUUCAUGGGGGCUAAUUUUGAGGAGGCGGCUAGAGCGAAAGAGAAUGCGGAGAGACGAUUUGCUGAGAAAGAUUAUAAGGGUGCAAAGAGUUAUGCAUUGAAGGCUCAAAUGCUUUGUCCUGAACUUGAUGGAAUUGCACAAAUGGUGGCUACUUUUGAUGUGUAUAUUGCUUCAGAUAUCAAGAUUAAUGGGGAAACUGAUUUCUAUUCAAUCCUUGGUCUAGAGCCAUUUUCUGAAAGAUCUAAGGUUAAGAAACAGUACAAAAAGAUGGCUGUGUUGCUUCACCCCGAUAAGAACAAAACCGUUGGAGCUGAUGGGGCAUUCAAACACAUCUCUGAAGCAUGGACUCUCUUGUCCGAUAACAAAAAGAGAACCUCAUAUGAUAUGCGACGAAACCAGCUACUGUCGUCUCAGCUCGCUCAGACUGUCCACAAUGGUGUUGCUACAGGAACCCAUCAAAGACUUGAUACAUUUUGGACAGUUUGUACUUCCUGUCAAGUUCAGUACGAGUAUUUACGCAAGUACUUGAAUAAGAGACUAUCCUGCAAGAACUGCCGUGGUGUCUUUGUUGCUGUUGAGACAGGACUUGCCCCAAUUAGUAGCACUUAUCCCUACAACUGUUCCUGGACAUGUGAUAAUGGAUAUGGCAUGAGCCAUGGAUAUAAUUCUGUUUCCUAUGCUCCUGCCUCGAACAUCUAUUUCUCUGGCAAUGGAUCUGAUUACAGUUCUAAUGUGUCGUUUCAGCGGGGUUCAUAUCCCGGUGCUUCUUCUGGUGUUGCUGAAUCCACUGUAAUGGGUAGUCAACCGGCUAAUCAGACAAAUGGGAAUCUGAAACGAACAAUAACCAGUGGUUCAAAUGGGUACAGCGAUCUUAAGGCUGGCAAAAUUCAUAAAAAAAGAAAGCUUGAUCAAAUGGAAGGAGGAACUCCUCCUAGAAAUGUGGAAAUUGUGUCAAAUGUUUCUCAGGAAGUUGGUCCAGUGGCUAAUGGGAAUGGAAGUACCCGUUAUAAUUACAAGACUGCCACCACUCCUAUUGAUAUUCCAAGUAGGCCAUUUGAUACGAGAAAGUUUUUAUUGGACAAAGCGAGAACAGAAAUCAUUAAGAAACUGGAAGAGGUUAAGGCUUAUGAAACAAUCCAAAAGGAGAAGAUUAAACUCGAGGACACCUCCAAAAUCCCCGAUGACCCCCCACACAUUGGUGUUCAACUGGAGUUGAAGAGAACUGGGUUAACAGCGAUAACUGUUCCCGACCCAGACUUCCAUGAUUUCGACAAGGACAGGUCAGAGGACUGUUUCAAGCCGAAGCAAAUCUGGGCCAUAUAUGAUGAAGAUGGGAUGCCACGUUUGUAUUGUCUGAUCCGACAGGUUAUUUCCCUUAGACCAUUCAAAAUAAACAUAAGUUACUUGAGCUCGAAAACCGACACUGAGUUCGGUAGUGUCAAUUGGAUCAGCUCGGGCUUCACGAAAUCCUGUGGAAGUUUUAGGGCAUGGAACGCGGAACUAGUCGAGCAAGUCAACAUAUUCUCCCACAUUCUGGGGAAGGAAAAAGCUGGACGUGGAGGGUGUGUGAGAAUCUACCCACGAAGAAACAGCGUGUGGGCGAUCUAUAAGAACUGGUCGCCCGAGUGGAACAGGAAAACUCCUAUGGAAGUGAGGCGUCAGUACGAGAUGGUGGAGAUUAUGGACGAUUACUCGGAGGAUAUGGGAGUGUGUGUGGUCCCAUUAAUGAAGUUAGAUGGGUUCAAGACUGUUUACAGGAGGAAUUCGGAUAAGGGUUUCAUUCGAAUGAUUCCUAAGAGGGAGAUGUUGUGUUUCUCUCAUCAGGUACCUUCUUGGUCUCUUAGGGUUGGUGAAGAAGGGUGUGGUAACUUACCUGAUGGUUGUUGGGAUCUUGAUCCCGCCGCAACUCCAGAGGAGCUUCUCCAUGCUGAUAACUACGAAAACAAGAUGACUGCUACCACCGAAACUAGUGAUGAGAAGCAGUAACAGAAAGGAAGGGUGGUUAUUAUAGGGUUAUUCGCUAUUCUCAUUACUUUUAUGAUUACCCGAAAUUCAAAAUUGAAGCAAUCGGUGGUUGGUUUCAUGUGGAAGUUAUUAAUCAUCCAGGAACAGUCUCAGGUUCAGACAGGUGUUAUUGUUGUUGUUGUUAAGAGUUCAUUUUAUGACAUUUUUAUUUUCUCAAUUUUCCAUGUAAGGGGGGAGGACCGAUGAUGAUGAUGAUGAUUUGUUGUUCUUAGUUAUUACUUUACUACUACUACUACUAUUAGACUUUGAAACUAGUUUGAUUUGGCUCAGUUCCUUUUAAAUUUACGGAUUUGGGUAUUCAUGAUGAUGAUGAUGAUGAUGGAAGAACAGAGAGCAGCCAUGAAAGGAGGAGGAAGAAGAAGAAGAAUCUCUGCAAUAUCCAAGUAAAACAAUCAAUCUUAUCUGUUUUAGAUAUAUGAGUUAAAUUUCAUCUAUUUUUAGCUUUUCCAAAAUUUUCAAUUUUCUAGACAAGGACAAAAGUAUUAUUAUUACUAUUAUUAGCCUUUCUUUGUAUUCUGUCAAGAAAUUGCAAUCAACAAAACAUUGUGGCACCUUAUUUUCAUCAAUCUUUCAAUCUCCAUUUCACUCAA